UGGACACCGACAACUGUCGCCAUCUGGCAAGAGGAAGUGGCUCUUCUCGCUGCUCGUCUGCCCGGAAAAUGCCCACAUGCCCACUUGCUGUUCCGCAAAAUGACGUCCCCGUCCUUGGCUGACGUGUGUUAAAAUGAGUGGGUGAAUUUGCUGUGUGUUUCAACGUCGCAUCAUGUGUUUAUAAACAUUUCGGAGGCCUCACCUUCCCCCACCCGAAAGCUUGGGCGCCCGGUUCUGUUCCUGACACUGCCUGAGAAGCGGUCCGUGUAGUACGCUUGACACCUGCAGCUGGGACCGGAGCAGCCAUGGACGACGGAUUUGACCCGUGCGAGUGCAUCUUCAGCCAUGACGCGGCCAUGCAGCGGCUCAUCUCGCUGCUAAGAAGCUCUCAAUCAACCUGCACAGAUUCGGAAUGCUACCAAGACCUGCCUGCGAUGCCCCAGGGAGCCGGAGGGUCCGGCUUCUUCCUGUUCCUCGUCGGCUGGAUGGUGCUCGCCAUGGCUCUGUACUACCUUCGUCCGAGCUCCCUAAGGAACCGCGGAGAUAACAAGCCGGAUAGACAGGGACCGAGCAGCCCUCCUCCACCGAGCGGUCCAGUCCUGUGAAAGGCCCCCGACCGUCCCAGACCAAGCCGACCGGAUGGACACUAGCAGGGGGGUGGGGCAAAACUUUUGGGAAGCAAAAUGCAGCCGUCGGGCACAUACAAGUUGUGUAGCUUUCACGGCAACACACACAGACACACUCACACUGCUAAUAUAUGAUGGCUAAAGGAGUUUCUCUACAAUAUAUAUAUAUAUAUAUAACUGUAUAUGUAUAUAUAGUAUUACAUGAAGAUGCACAAAAUACUGUUUGCUUUUUUUCUUAUUGUAUUUUUGGGGCUAGUUGAUUUCUCAAUAUUAAAAAAAAUAUAUGUGUUAUAAAUAGCACAUUUCACUGGUUGAUUUCUUUUAGAGCACUGAAACGGUUAGCUUUAUUUUCUGAAAGGUAUAGAGAUUUUGUUCUCUUUCACAUUGCAUAUUUAGGGGUUUACUCUCUUCUUAUUAUAGUGGUGCGAGCAUUUUGUGGAGUCGGAAUUCUCUAGUGUAUUUUGUGGUGAAAGCUGGAUCUGAACGUCGGAAAGAGGGUGCGAGUCGGCGAUGGUGCUUUCCAAUUUGGUUUUCCUUUAAAUGGACAAUAAAAAUUGGCUGAAACUGGUUA